AUGCUACUCCCACUUGUUCGUGCGCAAGCCCACCUCGGAGACCCAGCUGGUUCUCCUGACUUCUGGUUCAAGAUGGUCGUGAGUGUCGGACUCGUUCUCGCUGGCGGUGUCUUUGCUGGGUUGACACUUGGUCUCAUGGGACUAGACGAACUCCACCUCCGUGUCCUGGCCGCCUCAUCGGAUGAGCCACAAGAGCGAGUGAAUGCACAGAAAGUCCUCAGGCUUCUUACGCGUCGCCGCCACUGGGUCCUUGUGGUCCUCCUCCUAGGGAACGUCAUCGUGAAUGAAAGCUUGCCCAUAUUCCUUGAUGGGGCUCUCGGUGGCGGAUUACUAGCCGUUGUCAUCUCGACAACUCUGAUUGCCCCCAUUGCGUGGCCGAUUUCGAAGCUUCUGGAUUGGGUUUUGGGCGCAAAUGAUGCGCAUACAUAUAAAAAGGCUGAACUCAAGUCGUUCUUGGCGUUCCAUCGACAAGGAGAAGAGCCAUUACGAGACGAUGAGAUUAGCAUCCUGAACGGUGUACUCGAGCUCAACAACAAGCAUGUGGAAUCGAUCAUGACGCCCAUGGCGGAUGUGAUGACGGUUAGCUCUGAUCAGAUCUUGGACCAUGACACUGUUGAAUCUAUUCUACGAAGUGGAUAUUCGCGCAUUCCGGUACAUGCACCCGGGAGGCCACUAGCAUUCAUAGGAAUCCUGCUUCUGAAGAAGUUGUCCGUAUAUGACCCAUCACAGGCCCUUCCUGUCUCGAAGUUCCCGCUGUCUAUCCUACCCGAAGCGCACCCUUCUAUCAACUGUUUUCAGGCGCUGGAUUACUUCCAAACCGGCCGCGCACAUCUCCUGCUACUGAGUAAAGCACCGGGCGUGGAAGGUGGUGCCAUCGGCGUGAUCACUCUCGAAGACAUUAUCGAGGAAAUCAUCUCGGAAGAGAUCGUUGACGAGACUGAUCGGUACGAAGACAAUCAGAGCAAGCGCCGCGCCAGGCGUCUGAAGAACGCAACAGUCAUGCGAGGAAUCGUGGAGUACCACACGAGUAGGGCGAACUCACUGUCGGCAGGCACUGAACGGACACCACUCCUCAUCGGCAAUCAGAGUCCCGCUGUCGGCGCUCUCGCUGAAGCGCACAUACCAGAGGUGGACGGAUUGGGAGAGUGCCUGAACCACGUGAACGGAAAUACGCCGCAUAGUGGGACUGUUGUUGUUGGCUCGCCUUCGGCGGCAUAG